AUGUCUUCGUCUUCGUCUUCAAGACAGACAACCCACCGACGUACUACUAGUUUAAGUGCAUUCAACAACUCCUCUGACAAUCUACUUGCUGUGCCCAAUCAACGUCAUGAUACAAGCGGUAGGCAGGCAUCUCAGCAGCUUUCUCCCAUAGUUACCCAGAAUGGUCACUUGUCAGUAAUACCGGAGAAAUUAGCUCCAUUGACUCCACCAUUAACGCCCUCUAAGUCGAAGCCUUUCGGACAAUGGACCUGGAAUUUCUGGGUUGACCCGAAAUAUAGUAAAUAUACGUCCGCCAUGACAAAAAUCAAGAAUGUCGUGUUUCCACUAGCAUUUUUUCUUGCGUUCGUUGUAUUCCUCAGCAGUUUGGGUGGUGUUGGAGUGAUCGAUGACGAAUUGGAUGUGAAUAGUCAGAGUUUUGCACCGGCUGAAAAUGCGAUAAAUCAUGAGCCGUUAGGGUCAAUGUUCGACAAUGGCUAUCAAGGAACCGAUGAGCAUACAGACCACGUGGAGGAUCCAUUUGUAAAUGACAAAAUCGGCGACUUGGUUGAACCCGAAAAUACUAAUUACGAUGGAGAAGGCACCGAUUCCACUGAUCGUCCCCUUGGCAGUUAUGAAAACCAAGAUAAUAUAUUUGACGAUUUGAAGCAACAGAAUGAUGGUGGCGAUCGCAGCAGCAAUGUCAACAGUUAUGCUGAAUAUCUACGUCAGUACGCGUAUGUACGUUCUGGUCCUCAUUACACUUACACCAACAUAUUGAAUUUAUUAACUGCUGAAGAUAAAGCAAAGCUUGCCGAGCUACGGUCUGAAAUCGCUUAUGCUGAUGAAAGUGCGGAUAUUUCUUGUGGAUCAUGGCAAGAGAAAUAUGCCAGGUUACAUGAAGAUAUGAGGGAAGGCAAGAUACCACCAAGAUUUGUUAGUUACGUAUGUGACCAAUCAAGCGACUGUGGUGGGUUAGCAGAUAGAUUAUUGGGCAUGUCAUCAACGUUCAUAUUCGCCUUGCUCACUGAUCGUGCCUUUCUGGCGGAAUGGAAAACACCACCACCUCUUGAAGCAAUUUUCGAGUCUCCGAAUAUAGAUUGGAGCUACGAUUCAUCCGAUCCGGACGCAGUACUCAAAGAUCUCAUUCCGACGCCUCUUGACGUGGUGAAUUAUAGUGCUCAACACAUAGAUCGCCUAUUCCUCCAUUCAAACUGGACCAUUAAAUAUCCCGAACCCUUUAUUAAAUUCCAUACUAAUCGUGGGAUGGUAUUACGGACGUUCAGCUCACGCAUCUAUGCUCCUCAGCUAAACCUUAUGGGUUUGCGACCACAUACAUCACUUGGAUGCAUUCUCGACUACCUAUUCCGCCCGAGUCCUCCAGUAAUGUCAUUUAUCGCUGAAUAUUCUGCAUUGUUUACCCAUCCUCGUAUUUUCUCUGUUGGUAUACAGAUAAGCACGGGAGAAAACAAGUUCGAGCAUUCGAUUGGAAAUUCUCAGAAGUACUCGCUACACAGAUACAAGAACUUUUUCAAAUGUGCCGAUGAACUAGUAGAGACAUAUGCUAUGCCUUGGCAGGAAGUAGUCUAUUAUUUGGUAACCGAUUCUGAAACGUUGAGAAGUGAAGCAUUGACAAUGAAGAACGUAGUCAUAUCCGGGUUACCUAUCGGCACCAAGGCGGGGAAUGGACCCGCUGAUCUUGUGCACAAUGCUGUUAUUGAAAAUUGGAUUCUAAGUAAAACUAACUAUAGGAUCAUAUCUCCUGGAAGCCUUGGUAAAUUAGCUGCUCUCCACUCUAAAACACUUCAUUCAACAAUCACGAUUUACCCACAAGCAGAAACAAAUCUGCAAAAUGGAUACCAUCGGCCAAUUACAGACUGCACGAAAGAGGAUGCAUUUACUAUGUUCCGCGAGUUUGCGUCUGAUCUAUCACUCGCUUAA